AUGGCGGAUCAUCAGAGUGACUCGGAUAAGGAGGAUGUUGGGUCGUCGACUGUUACGCCGUUGAGCCCCGGGAAGCGACAACGCAAGACGAAAUCUACAGCAUGUCGGCGAUGCCAUGCCAGAAAGGUUAAAUGCUCCGGCGGUCAGCCCUGUGAAAACUGCCGUCAAGCAAGUAAAGGCGCUGAAUGCUCUUAUCCCCGAAAGAACCGUCUCGUCAAAGUGAGCCAGCAAUACAUUGACGAUCUAAUCGCCGAGAACCAGCGUCUUCGUCAAGAUGACGCUAAACCUCGGCCUGAGCCCUCCAUCCCCGACGUCUCAAGCACCGAGACGUCCUCGUCGCUCCAGGGCACACUCCUCGAGGAACGACCCUGGUUCUUUGACAUGAACGUGCUUCACACCCCGGUCCUCAUCGGCGAAGCUUCCGACGCUGCGUUUGCCACGCGUUUUAGGCAGGCUAUUUCUGAACCGGGACAUAGUCACAUCCCGAGGGUUAACUACGCACCUGAUGAGAGGUUGCUUGCGCUUUCGGAUCAGGAUUGUCCGUGGCCGAUACCCUCUAGGGCUCGGUUGCUUGUUAAUGUUGCGUUGAAGUAUGUUAGUAGGACUUAUUAUAUCGUGAGGAAGAGUCAGAUCCUGGAGGGGCUGGAGCAGACGAUUCUGAACCCUCAUUCGGCGGAUUCGUUGCUGAGGAGUAAACUUUGGGUUCUGUUUGCGAUUGGGGAGAUGUACUCUACGCGUACGGCGGCCAAGGAUAGGAACUUUCCGGGUAUGGCGUAUUUUGCCCGGGCGACUCGUAUUCUUCGCAUCAUCAGCGAAAGACCUCGCAUUGAUGCCAUUGAAAUUCGUCUUCUUCUGUCUUUCUACUCCCUCGCCCUCAACCGUCGUUAUACAGCCUAUGCCCUCGCCGGCUCAUCAGUCCGUCUCUCCGUCGUAAUGGGUCUUCACCUCAACGUCCCCGAAUCCCAACUCCGCGACGCCGGCGCCCGCGAACAUAGGAAUCGCGUAUGGUGGACUGCAUAUAGCUUCGAUCGCAUGUGGGCUUCUCGUCUCGGUCAUCCCGUCGCUAUUCAGGACGACGACAUCGAAGUCGAUCUCCCCACCGAUCCAGUCUUGGACACACCCUCAGAUGACUUUGCCGACUCAUCGUAUUUUAUCGCGGGUCUGAGACUCGCGAGACUGGCGGCAAAGGUAAUUAAUGCGAUUUACACAAGGAGACCGCAGCAGAAAACACUCUCGCAGAGGGUUCAGGAGGCGUUGAGAGAUCUGAGAGCUUUUGUGGAGGAAUUGCCGCCGCAUCUUCACAUUGAACCGACGGAUGCACCUGAACCAAGCCCAAAGCCUCUCUCACUGCACUUGUACUUUAACCAGGUCGCCAUAACUGCGACGCGUCCUAUUCUUCUACAUGUUCUUAGGACUCACGUCUCAGCAUGGGACACUCAACCUCGCACGGAGCCUCAAAUCCCUGUAUCAGCAAUGACGCUCUCCGAAGCGUGCAUCCGCUGCGCGCGCCACUCAUGCCGCCUCCUAAUCGACUGCUGGAUCGACGGGUCCUUCGCAACGUUCGACUACUUCUACACGCAAUAUCUCUUCUCAUCCGCCACGGUCCUCGCGAUAUCAAGCCUCAUCGACGGAAAGGAAUGUCGCAGCGAUAAAGAACAAUUCGAGUCAGCCGCGCAGUUUCUGCAUCAGCUGAAAGAGAAUGGCAAUUUCGCGGCGGAGGAGUUUUGUCGACAUGUUGAUGCUAUGAAAGUUUGUAUGAGGGCGCUUGAGGCGAGACGGGGACAGUUUGUGGUGCAGGAUACAGGGCUGUUGGGGUUGGAUGUGUUGAAUCCUACGGCGGGCAUGGCGUUGUCGGAGCCGUCGCUGCAGGAGUUGUUAUCGCAGCCGGUUUUGGAUUUGCAGUUUAUUGAUGCGUCGAUGUAUCAAGAUGGAGCGCAGGGGCUGUAUUGGCCUGAUAUUAGUCCUGAGAGUUGGAGCGCUAGCGGAUGGACUCCUGGUGGUUAA